AGGUGAAUGAAGGAGGAACUCUCAAACCGGAAGCUGGGAUAGGUUGUUAUUUUCUCGGCAUAAACGAAAACAAGACGAAACUAGAGGCAAAAUUCAGAGGAUUCAAGUCCAUAAUCUUAUAUGUCAGACGCAGGACAAUGCCAGAGAGGGGAAGACACCAUGAGAGGAGUGAUGUGUAUGCAAAGGACGAGAGCAGGGAUGGGCACUAUCCACACAAUGGAGACCAUUCUCGGUAUGAUAGCCAAAGAGGCUACAACCAAAAGCCAAGAAAUGUGGACGAGAGAGGCUCUGCUGGUGACAGGAGGGCCAAAGAAAACAGACAGAGGGAUGUGACAACCGCCUCUCACAAGGAGCCACCUGUUUACAGGGAUCACGACUCUGAAGGACCCUCAAGAGUGUCCCGAGAGACCUCAGUCUAUCACUCUGAAAGGGAGUACUAUGAGCAGCAACACAGACAAGCACUUUACAAUUUCAGAUAUGUUUUAACCAGUCGAGGUCUCUGCCAGGUUAUGGAGCUGUUUGUGAAUCUGUUGAUUGUGAUCUGUGCUGGAGUGCCAUACAGCAACAAUGGGGGUUACCGUGAUUUGGCCAGCCUCGGUGGGAUCUACUACUAUCACUUUGGGGGAGCCGGCGCCUUCACUGGAGCCGACGCAGACAGGGUGAAGGAGCUGGACCAGCUCUUCCAUCAGCUCAAGCGACCGCCGUACGUUUUCACCAUGGCGUGUGGCGGGGUUCUAAUGAUCUAUGCGUGUGCCAUGCUUGCCCUGGGGAUUUUCAGGGUCCCUUACCGCUGGCCUCCCGUGUUACUGGGGGAGGCACUGCUGAACGUCCUCAUUGGCCUUGGCUACAUUCCUGCGCUGGCCUUCUACUUUAUUAAGCUGCAGGAAAUCUACAAUGAUCCCAUUUGCAAGGAGAGAGAGCAGAUGUACAAGAGCAAAGGGCACCAGGGCUUUGAGUGCCAGUUCCAUGGCGCAGAUAUUGCAGGAGGACUCUUUGGGGUGCUGGGUGUUUUCGUUUUCAUCUUUGGUGCAGUGUUAGCUGUCAGAGCUUUCAGGUCAGUGCGAGAGCGAAAGAAGCAAAGGCGCAACGAGGACACCAAUUUUUAAGCAGAUUUUUCCUCUCUUAUGUGAGCAAAAGUAGAACAAAGGAUGAGAAACUUCCCAUGAAGCUGAGUCUCGUUGCCUGGGACCUGUUUAACAAGCCUAUUAUCAACUGUCUGUGCUUUAAAGUUUAUAAUACUUAUUUUUUAUUAUUAUUUUUUUAUUCUUUUACAAUUCUCCCUUUUGCACACCUACGUUUACUGCAUUUAGUAUGAAAGUGUACUUAUAAACAAAAAUGUUACAUUA